UCUCUUGAGCAAAAAAAUGAACUUCAAGUCUCUUGCCUUACUCCUCACUGCCGCUGCAGUCCCUCAGGUCGCAGUCGCGGGUCCACUUGCCUACGGCAUUUGUCAGACAGGAUGCAAUGGCCUAGCUGUCGCUUGCUAUGCCGGCGCUGGGUUCACGUUUGGAGUUGCACUCCCUUUAGCACCUCCUGUGCUGAUUGCAUGCAAUGUGGCCCUUGGGAGUUGUAUGGUGGCUUGUGCUACGGUUGUGUUUGCACCCACUCUCUGAGUAAGUGCAAUCAUGGAUGUGGCGACGAGAAUCCACAGGCCGUAAUGAGAACGGCGUCCUUGUUCUAGCGUGAUAGCACGAUGCAGGUUCAGUGGUGCACAGCACCAGAAAUAUAACCAUGGACUUUUACGUACCUUGUUCUCCGAGUCAUUUGUCUAUCUU